GGCGCUAAAUCGUCGCCCAAGUCGAUCUCUCAUGCACCAAAAGCGAACCAUUACAGUAGCAGCAUUUCAUUGGCACUUGAUCGAGCUCAGAAAGAACAGACAGCUACUUCUACAGCUUACCAGCAACACCCCUCGAGCAACAAAACCACCACCACGUUUUCCUUUUUUUUGACUUUGAUACAGAACUCUUCUUUCGGGUCCCAUUUAUUCGCCAAGUGCAUGAAUGAAUGCGUUCGUUUCUUUCAGAGGGCAGGUCAGGACAACAAUACUAGACUAGCCUCAAGGUAGUCACGUCCAUCCUCGCUCCCUAUCUUUUCCAUUCCAAGACAAAGGGUGACCUCGCCCCGACUGAGAGCUCCUCACACGGCACUUUGCCUCUCUUUGCACGGAGCCCAUACCUCGUGCCUCACCUUUCAAAGUAGUUGGAUACUGCCGAUCGCAAGUUCGACCUGACACUACAUACAAACCAUCUUAUCCGAGCCACCACCAAUAUGGCGGACCACCAUGAGCCGCAGUCCGCUCCGCCUGGGAAAGAUGUGGAAGAGUCACCUGCAGCUUUGGACAAAGAGAUAGACACCUUUGAGGACGCUCUCGACAAUAGCUCCGUGCGAUCCCUCACGGCCCGGAAACAAUCAGCUUCCACCAUCUCGAGACCUUCCUCCAGCGGUUCUGCGUUGACUAUCGACCCGAAUGCGGUCGAGCAUGUCAGGGAUGUCAAGGAACCACUAACCCAUGAAGACCCACCCGAGACUGCUGCUGAGGAAGCCAGCCAUACCGUACAAGUUAAGGAGGUCGAGGUCGACCCAGACUCAGACUCGGACGCAGACUCAGAGCCAGAGCCGGGACCAGAGCUGGAAUUGGAGCGAAAACCCGAACCUGAACCUAAACCGGAACCCGAAUUGGUAACAGAACCUAUGCCAGGGGCCAUGCCAGAAGAAGAAUCCGGCUCCGAAGCAGAAGUCGAUGCCAAGUCCUUCGAAGCAGAAGUCGAUGCCAAAUCUUUCGAAGCAGAAGUCGAUGCCAAAUCUUUCGAAGCAGAAGUCGACACCAAAUCUUUCGAAGCAGAAGGCGACUCCAAGUCUGCACGAGCGUCAAGCAGAUUAUCCCACACCGAUAUGGACAUUGUAGAUUUGAAUGACGACGCUUCUGCUCCUGCCCCUGCUGUUGUCGCCCCUACUGCUCCUGCUUCUGCACAGCCCUUGGCAGAGGAAAAAGAGGAUGUUCCCCCUCCUGUUCCUGAGAAGCAGCCCUCCAAGAAGCUCUCCAUCAGUAACAUCGCCAGUUCUCUACCCGCUAUGCCGUGGUCACCUUCAGCAGCGGCCGAGUCGCCGCCGAAGACCAGCCCCAACACUUCCGCCCCCCUGCCCACCGUUCCACCUCCAGUACCAGAAAAGCCUCCUGUGGUUAGUCGAGCAUCGACAGGGCGCAACUUCACCAGCCCCUUUUCGUGGCUGUCCAGGAAUUCGACGGCCAAGGAGACCGUAACGUCGCCGCCGACUGCCCCGGUGAGAUCUCCCAGGAGAGACACCGCCAGCUCCAUUGCAACCCUGACUAGUAACCCGGACAUGCUGAGCAAGCUGGAGGAAGGCGACGAAGGCGUCAAUGGCCGGCCAAAGAGAAAUAGCUUGAGGGAUAGGUUCAAGAUGGUGCGAAUGAGGGAAGAAGCUGGAAUCACAUUGCCUGAGGAUGACAAGGCUCCACCCGUAGCCAUUGGAAUCAGCAGAUCAGCAACGAGCUUGGGUAUCAUGAGCCCUGGCAAUGAGAGACCUACAUCUCCUGGACCGACAAGUCCUAAUCCUGCGCUGGCCCCGGGAACCGCCUCGGGGGCGUCGGCUGGACCUUCUUCGGCGACAGAUGCGCAGGUCGAUUGGGAUCUGUGGCAAUCCGUAGUCUAUGAGGGACCCUCCGCAGUCGCCAAGACCAGCCCAGAAGAGCUCAACGGCGCUAUUGCUACCGGCAUCCCUACCGUGAUUCGUGGUGUGGUCUGGCAAGUGCUUGCAGAAAGCAAGAAUGAAGAGCUGGAGCAAGUGUACAGAGAGCUUGCAGCACGAGGAACCGACAAGGAUGUCUCUAGGGACAGCAACGGGACCUCUCUCAGCUCCGCCAGCAACAGCCUAAGCGUUGACAAGGAGACGGUUGCAUCGUCCGCAUCAUCUAUACAUUCCGAGGUGUCAGGGGCCAAUGGCAACAAAACACCCCCGUCAGAAAAGGAUACGGAAGCUUUUUUGAAGGCACAGGUAUUAGCCGCGGCUGAUCGGAAAAAGAAGGAGAAGGAAGACGCAGCCAUGCUUCUCAAGCUUGAAAAGGCCAUACGGCGGGAUCUGGGCGCAAGGACAAGCUAUUCGAAACAUGCACAAGCAGCCGGUCUCCAGGAGGGCUUAUUCGGUGUUUGCAAAGCAUAUGCGCUAUUCGACGAGGGCGUCGGGUAUGCACAAGGCAUGAAUUUCCUUAUCAUGCCACUGCUCUUCAACAUGCCGGAAGACGAAGCGUUCUGUCUGCUCGUGCGCCUGAUGAACCAUUACAAGCUGAGAGAUCUGUUCAUCCAGGAUAUGCCCGGGUUACAUAUGCACUUGUACCAGUUCGAAAGGCUGCUUGAGGACCUCGAGCCUGCCGUAUACUGCCAUCUUAAGCGUCGUGGUAUUUCGCCUCAUCUGUACGCCACACAAUGGUUCCUCACGUUAUUUGCCUACAGAUUCCCGUUACAGUUGGUUCUACGCAUCUACGACCUGAUAUUUUCCGAAGGUCUCUCGGCUAUUCUCAAAUUCGGCAUUGUCCUUAUGCAAAAGAACGCCUCGACGUUACUUGGCUUGUCGGACAUGGUACAACUCACAUCGUUUCUCCGAGACAAGUUGUUUGAUGUCUAUAUCGACCAAGCCCCGAGCACUGGUAGCAUCCUGGAAAAUGGCUUCUUUGGUAGCAGCUCUUCAAACAUUGACAAGGAAGUAUACCGGGCUGAACAACUUGUUCGAGAUGCUUGCGAGGUCAAGAUUACCCCCGAGCUGCUCCAGUCUUAUACAAUAGAAUGGGAGGAAAAGACUCGCACCGAGAAGCAGCGGGAGGAGGAACUCGAGCAUUUGAAGCAAUCAAACACAAGUUACACAAUCAAGGUGCGGAAACUCGAGGAAAGAUUGCAAGCCGCCGACAUGGAGCAGACCAAUAUGGCCAAUGAGCUCGUGCACACCAAGAUCGAAAACGAAGAGCUCAAGGAUGAGAACGAAAGCCUCAAGGGGCAAGUAAAGGAACUGCGCAAUGUUAUUGAGAAGCAACCUGAAGAACUCGAGGAGGCCUGGAAGCUCGAGCGGGAUAGCCUCCUGCAACGAAACGAAAAGGUGCACGAGGAAAACCAAAAGAUCGAGAAAGAAAUGAGCGAGCUCGAGGAGCAGCUUGUGCAAACAAAGAUGCGCUACGCCGAGAUCAACGAUCAGUAUGAAUCCCUCCAAAGAAAAUGGGGGGAUCUCAGGAAGCAGUUCGCGUAGAUGCUUUCUCAUGCACUCACACAACAUGAACCUACCGCCCAUCAUCUUGUACAAAGCACGUCCCAUUCCACAUUACAUUUGAAGAAGGAGUUUGCGAACGUAGGAGAUUCUCGACCGAGAUCAUAGUUUUACAGGCGUUUGGUUUAGAAUCACAGCUGGCCUGAACGAGUAGAAAAGGGAUUUCCAUCUCUGGUGCCGCCUGUUUUCUUGUAUUUCGCCCUAGGCAUGUUGCUCAUUAUAGAUGCCAAGGCGCUUUUAUUUACAAGCAUAGUACGCCGACAUAGAGGUGGCAGAAGUACUCAGCGUGCCUUAUUCGGAGAAGAGUCGGUGGGCAAGUAAAGUAUUGUAUAUAUCAUAGUUAUCGGCCUCAAUAGGAAGAGGGUCGUCAAUGGAUACAGCAACAUAGCGAAGGAGACCAAUCGAAAUAAUUUCUCGCACGAUACUUGCUUAUCACGAGUCGUAUCAGUG